GGAGCCGGGUGCCCGCCCUCUCCCCGCCGUGGGGCGGAGUCGCCACGCUUGGGGUCCGUUCCCCUCCUCCCAGGCUCCCGCCCCGUCCCCGCCGGGUGGGCUGCGGGCGCGGCGCCUUGAGGCCGGGUGGCGGGUCCGGCGGCCGUCGGAAGCUGCCCGCCGAGGGGCUGACGAGGGCUGCGGGCGCGGGCUCCGGCGGCCGCUGAUGGGAGGCGGCCUCCAGGAGAGCAAGCGACGGCGCCGCAGCCACCAUGGGGAACAAGCAGACCAUCUUCACCGAAGAGCAGCUGGACAACUACCAGGACUGCACCUUCUUCAAUAAGAAGGACAUCCUCAAGCUCCAUGCGCGCUUCUAUGAGCUGGCUCCCAACCUCGUCCCGAUGGACUACAGGAAGAGCCCCAUCGUCCACGUGCCCAUGAGCCUCAUCAUCCAGAUGCCGGAGCUCCGGGAGAAUCCCUUCAAGGAAAGGAUUGUGGAGUCUUUUUCUGAGGAUGGCGAGGGGAACCUCACCUUCAACGACUUUGUCGACAUGUUUUCUGUGCUCUGUGAGUCGGCUCCCCGCGACCUCAAGGCAAACUACGCCUUCAAGAUCUAUGACUUCAACACCGACAACUUCAUCUGCAAGGAGGACCUGGAGCUGACGCUGGCCCGGCUCACCAAGUCGGAGCUGGACGAGGACGAGGUGGUGCUCGUGUGCGACAAGGUCAUUGAGGAGGCCGAUCUGGAUGGCGACGGCAAGCUGGGCUUCUCCGACUUCGAGGACAUGAUCGCCAAGGCCCCCGACUUCCUCAGCACUUUCCACGUCCGGAUCUGAGGACAGUGCCGAGGUUACAGGGACCAGAAGCCGACCAUCCAGCUCUGCUGCCUACACAAGUGUGACCUCCAGGCUCCUCAGGAGAGGAGCUGUGGCCUCUGGGGUUUACACCCACGCACAUUUCCUUGGCCCUUUCAGCAAAAAAUCCUUAACCAGGGAAGGGGGGAUGUGAGGGGCAGGGCCUUUCCCAGUCCCCCUGUGGUGUCUCCACAGGUCUUCCUUCUAUCCCCCCAACCUUCCCCACACCCUGGUCCUCUCCCCAUCAGAAAUGGCCCUACUGGGAGGGGAAGACAGAACCCCUAAUAGGGCAGGGGUGCUGACUUGUCCAAGUGCUGGGCAGGCACCCUGGUUGCCCAGGGCAAAGUGAAAAAAAAAAGGACAAGGUUUAACGAGCUAUGCAAUCUUUCUUCACAACCCACAGCUGGGCUACACCCGACCCCGCCUGUUCCUUCUCCCCUGACCCUUCCCAAUGUGAAGCUGUGUGAACAAGGGCCAAGGGCUCUGUCCCUGUCUCUGUCCAGGACCUGAACACCACCCCAUCUGCCCUCCCCAGUGACGUGGAAUCCUCACUGAUGUGUGCUGUCCACAGAUUUGUGAACCCCUCGUACAGUAAAACACUCUCAUGUC